GGGUGUUCACCUUAUAGUGAAAUCGAGCGCAAUACAGAUCAUCCUCUCCUGUUGCAUCUCUCUUCAUUAAAAUCUCUUUUUCUCGAUUCCUCCUUGUUCAUUCCUCCAAGCAGCUCUUGUUUCUGUAAUGCAAUCGCUUCCGCCUAAUCUUUCUCCUGGAUACAAAUCUGUCUUCAAUAAGAGCCUGUUCAAGAACCACGUCAUAUUGGUCACUGGCGGAGGCACAGGUAUUGGAAGAUGCAUCGCGCACGAGCUGGCUAGCCUAGGCGCGAUGGUGGUCCUCGCAGCGAGGAAACUGGACCAGCUGACUCGUACAGCCGAGGAGAUCGGGCUUUUAGGAGGAAAAUGCGAUGUUAUGACAAUCAACAUCCGGGACCCUGCUCAGGCACAACAACUGGUCGAACAGAUCGUUGCCAAGCAUGGAAAACUCACCGGACUAGUCAACAAUGCAGGCGGUCAAUUUCACUCACCGGCGUCCAAGAUGUCACCCAAGGGAUUCGCGACGGUUGUAGACUUAAACCUAGUGGGGACUUUCAACCUAUGCAAAGCGGCCUUCGAUGGAUACAUGGGCGAACAUGGUGGGAGCAUAGUCAAUAUUGUUGCCGAGUGUCGAAAUGGCUUCCCAGGCAUGGUGCAUACGGGCGCAGCUCGCUCAGGAAUCAUCAACAUGACCAAGACAUUGGCAGUCGAGUGGGGGCCCUACAAUGGGAUCCGGGUCAAUUGCGUUGCGCCCGGCAUGAUCCUCAGUUCUGGGAUGAAGAACUACCCGGAAAAAGUUCUCGAUGGAUUCCUUGCCAGCUCAUGGAUGAACCCUGCUGGCCGCAUGGGUACCGAGUCCGAGAUUGCUGCGAGCGUUGUUUUCUUGCUUUCACCCGCAGCAUCGUACAUCAAUGGGAUCAAUCUGCCAGUGGAUGGAGGUAGCUCGCUCAGUAAGAGUGAUGGCAAGGGUCCAGAGGCUAUCUAUCGUCGCGAGGGCAGUCGUAUGAAACCCUAUAUUGGCUGGUCAUCUGAAAGCCAGGUAGCUUUGAAGGAAUUGGACGCGCCCGGGCCUAUUGUAAAGCUAUUUGGAAAGUACAAGGCGAUGGCGAGUAGCAGUAAGCUGUAAAAGGGAACAAAGUCAUGAACUUUUUGCUGCUCACCUUCAAAGGAGGGGGAGCGAUUAAGAGAAAUGAUCAUAAAAAAGCUCGAUGAAAGGCGGUGUUUUCCGCAUAACUUCAGGACCAGGACAUUAGACCUGCAUAACCCAUAACCAGGAAAGAGUUUUUGUUUAAGAGAUACAAGUAAACCAUAUUGUCACUCCCUCGUUUAAGUAGUCGACCUUUUUUACCUGGCAUUCUAUUGCCUUUCAAGGAUCUCACUUGUUCUCUAAAGGUUCUCUCUGUUUACAAGUGUGCUUUUAUUUUCAGCCCGUAAGCAGGCGUUGGACUGCCGCCAUGACCUUCGACCGCCACUUUCUGAUCCAUCUUCAUCAUGCGCCUUGUAUUGAAG